CCACAUUGUUCAUUCGUUCAUUCACCUUUCAGCUUAAUGGGUUCAGUCAAGUCUUCUCUCCAAGAGGAAGAGGACGCCACUGAGGGAUCUCCACUUGGUUAGCACUUGAACAAGCAUGAACGAAUCAUCCCCUCCUCCGAGCACGUAAUUUGACCCUUUUGUUAGAAACUUUGCCUUGAUUCGGUGGAAGUGAUCCUGCAGCUUGUUGGCCAUGGAUAUCCAGGACUGGGAGCUGCUCCCUGUUGAUGGGUUUCUCGAUUUCCAUGGCGAUGGCGAGGUGAAGCUUUACUCCCCGAAGCGGAAUUCUCACUCAAAAAGUGUUCUUGAUUCCGAUUAUUUCAGAUGCCCAUCUCCCGACUCGUGGAAGCUCGUCGAUCCGCCGGGGAACCCUAGGUCUCAUAACCAGUUCGUCCCCGUUGGGGUCCAGUUGGACCCGGAAGGUGAUGAAGCGAAAGAAGUCACCAAACUUCCGAUCGAUGAGUCUGUGGUCACUGCGAAAGCCGGAGCUCCCGACAUGGAAGCUCUGCGUGGAGCGGAAGAUCAAGACCCUGUAUCCCAAGUUUCCUUCAAGAAAACGAAGGAAGCUAAUGAAUUUGCCGACAUGAAAAUGGACUUGUCGCCGAGGUGCGGCGGUGUCAGAGGAAUUGUGCCCCCCAUCGAAGCCUUCUACUUCGGGGAGAGGGACGAGGCCGAUGAGAACAAUAUGGAAGGACCAAUCUCCCCGAGGAUAAAGCAUGGGAAGAGGGAGAUGGUGAAGAAGAUGGACCCUUGUGAUGGGGUGAGCUGGGAAGAGAGCAAAGGUGGGCUGAAGAUGUGGAAAUGGGGGUUGUCCGGGAUCGGGGCUCUUUGCUCCUUCGGUGUCGUUGCUGCUGCCACUUGCUGUAUUCUCAUCCUCGGCAGCCGCCAAAACCACCCGAAACACAACGUUAGGUUUCAGAUCUACGCCGAUGACAAGAGGAUCAAGCAAGUUGUUCACCAUGCAACCAAGUUGAAUGAAGCAAUAUCGGCGGUGAGAGGAGUUCCCGUCACAGGAGCUCAUAUCACUUUCGGUGGUUACUACGAUGGGCUCUAAUCUGAAGUUGGUGUUCGUAAGUAAAAUUAAAUCCUGAAAGCUGCAGGAUGUCGUCUCAUAUUGCAUAUAGAUCCCAGUCCUUGCCUGAUCGAUGCAGCUCAAAUCUGUACAUGGUACUACUCCAUUAAGUUCUUGCAUAAGGAAACAUAUAUAUAUAUAUGCUUGUAAAUAUUCUAUUAGUUCUGCUUAAACGGGAUUCUGUGUCGUUUGUAUAUGUAAGUUGAACAUCGUUUUAUGAAUUGUGUGAUUAUGUAAAAUUCCCGAUCUCCGAACAGAUCCUUGAUAGAU